AUGCCCUGCGGUGAGACUAUAUUUCAGUCAAAUCAGGUCACGUUGUGGCCAGACGUCAUCGACUUCUGGAUGAAUGGAAGGGCGUAUUUCAAGUAUGGCACCGGGGCCACAGACCCCAGAAAAAACAUCUUUGCCUACACUCAGAUUAUUUGGUAUAACUCACACAUCAUCGGAUGUGCAGUUGGUCAUUGCCCAGAAAGUACUUUCCCUUUUGCGUACAUAUGCCACUACUGCCCAGGAGGGAACCUCAUGUCCAAAAUGGCAAAACCCUACAAAGAAGGCCCGUCUUGUGGAGACUGCCCUAAGGCCUGCGAGGAUAAACUCUGCACCAAUCCCUGUCAGUAUGCGGAUACUGCUUUCAACUGCAGAGAUAUGAAAAAGGUCUACUCUUGUAAAAGCAAAUUGCUCAUCGAUAGCUGCAAAGCCACCUGUAAAUGCAAAAAGAAGAUUUUAUAA